AUGCUUAGUUUGGGAGUUGUGUCACCUACACAGUCAGCUUGGAACUCACCUGUAGUAAUGGUUCAGAAGCCAAAUGGGGACCUAAGGCUUUGUCUAGAUUGUAAAAAAUUAAAUGCAAUUACCAAACCCGAUGCGUAUCCUCUCCCGUAUAUAAGCAGCAUAUUGGACCAGCUCCGCGACGCGGAAUACCUAACGUCAAUAGAUCUUUCCGCUGCGUAUUGGCAAAUACCCUAUGAUAGCGAGCAAUCAGCUGAUAAGACCGCGUUCACAGUGCCACGUAGGGGGUUAUUUAGAUUCAAUGUAAUGUCGUUUGGCCUUGUUUCCGCGUCAAGCACAAUGCAGAGAUUAAUGGAUAGGCUAUUUGGUCCCGAAUUUAACAACAAAGUAUUCUGUUUCCAAGACGACAUAAUCAUAAUAUCCAGCACUUUCUCAGAACAUGUGCAGCUCUUGCAUAAGGUCUACGCAAAACUCAGGGACGCAAACUUGACUAUAAACAUGGAUAAGUCUAUCUUUUGCCGUAGAGAACUUAAGUACUUGGGAUAUUUAGUUGACAAACAUGGACUUAGAACUGAUCCGGGAAAGGUAGAUAUUAUAUUGAAUUAUCCAACUCCAACUUCCGCUAAAGAGGUUAAAAGGUUUCUAGGCAUGGCAGGCUGGUACAGGAGGUUCAUUAACAAUUUUUCGAAAAUUAGUAAACCGUUGAAUAAGUUAACUAGCAAAAAUGUCCGCUUUGAAUGGACUACGGAGGCAGAUGAGUCAUUUAACCACUUAAAAACCGCUUUAGUGUCUGCUCCGAUACUUAAAUGUCCAAACUUUGAUUUGCCUUUUUCUAUCCAUUGUGACGCUUCCUCAGUGGCUGUGGGCGGGGUCUUAACCCAGACUUAUGACGGGGUAGAACAUUCCAUAGCAUACUGCAGUCGGUCUCUUGCCAAAAAUGAAAUUAAUUUUUCCACAUCGGAGAGAGAACUUAUGGCCGUGAUUUACGCAUUAGAGCAAUUUAGAUCUUAUGUAGAAGGUACAAAGUGUAAAAUAAUAACCGACCACGCCUUGUUAUUAUGGUUUUAUAAAUUAAAUAACCCAUCAGGUCGCUUAGCCAGGUGGAGCAUGCGAUUGAGUCAAUUUGAUUUCGAAAUAGAACACAGAAAAGGUAAAUUAAAUGUUAUUCCAGACGCACUAAGUAGGAUUCAAGUUGAUGCAAUCGCUACGCCAGCAACCAGUGAUGCGUGGUAUGGACAUGUAUACGAAGAUUGUCAGGCCAACCCUCGCAAAUAUCCCCACUUCAUGGUAAAAGACGACAGAUUGCUUAGGUACUCUAAAAAUAAAUAUGAGUUAACGAAUGAGUUUAAUUGGAAGUUAGUGGUACCCGAGGAAGACAGGUUAGAUAUUUUAAAGAAAUGUCAUGAUGAACCAGUUAGUGCUCAUUUGGGUGUCUUUAAAACCCACAAGCGUCUUAGUCUUAAUUAUUACUGGCCCAGCAUGUACCGAGAUGUGAAAGAAUAUGUUAAAAAAUGCGAGAUAUGUAAACAAUACAAACCCGUCAACACGGCUAGACCUGGUUUAAUGGGAAACCCGAAGGAGGUUAACAAACCCUGGGAAGCCAUAUGUUGCGAUUUGCUAGGCCCAUUUCCGGUUUCUCGCAAUAGGAAUAUUCACUUAAUUGUAUGUACAGACUAUUUUAGCAAGUAA